GCGGCUUUGGGAUUCAUUCAUAAGACUGAGAGCUACUGCCUCGGCAGGGACAGGCGGAGCUGGAACUUGGGGACUUGAUUGUUGUGGUUUUUCUUGGGGGCUGUGAAGUUCAGUUUGGCUUUUCUUUUCCGGCGAGAAAGUUUUGGGGAGGAUUCUUCUAGAUAAUUCUACAUUUUAUUUUGGAGGAGCGACUUACUCUUUUUGUCUUCUUUAUUACUCCCCUCCCCCCGUGGGACCCGCUGGACGCGUGGAGGAGAGCGCACCCGAAGCCGAUUCUGUACAGCAAGACAGCGCUUUCCGCCUCUGGGGGAGCGAUCCCCCCCCACGCCCCUGGGUCCUGCGGAGCCUGGACUUUCAGGAGGCACAGCGGCAUCUUGUGGGGGCCUGGGCACCGCAGAGGAAUUGCACAGAAACUUUGCCAUUGUUGGAGCGGGACGCUGCCCCCAUCCCGAGUUUCCUCGGACAGCGCGCUUAGGGGACGCGGUCGGCUCACCCCGGACUCGCAGCUUUCUUUUCCACCCGGCCAUAGCCUUGGCUUCCCGGCGACCUCAGCGUGGUCACAGGGCCCCCCCUGUGCCCAGGGAAAUGUUUCAAGCUUUCCCCGGAGACUACGACUCCGGCUCCCGGUGCAGCUCCUCACCCUCCGCCGAGUCUCAGUAUCUGUCUUCAGUGGACUCCUUCGGCAGUCCACCCACCGCCGCCGCCUCCCAGGAGUGCGCCGGUCUCGGGGAAAUGCCCGGUUCCUUCGUGCCCACGGUCACCGCGAUCACAACCAGCCAGGACCUCCAGUGGCUCGUGCAACCCACCCUCAUCUCUUCCAUGGCCCAGUCCCAGGGGCAACCACUGGCCUCCCAGCCCCCAGCUGUCGACCCCUACGACAUGCCAGGAACCAGUUACUCCACGCCGGGCAUGAGCGGCUACAGCAGCGGCGGAGCUACUGGCAGUGGUGGACCUUCCACCAGCGGAACCACCAGUGGACCUGGGCCUGCCCGCCCGGCCCGAGCCCGGCCUCGGAGACCCCGAGAGGAGACGCUUACUCCGGAGGAGGAGGAGAAGAGAAGGGUUCGUCGGGAACGCAACAAAUUGGCAGCAGCUAAGUGUAGGAACCGUCGGAGGGAGCUGACUGACCGACUCCAGGCGGAGACAGAUCAGUUGGAGGAAGAAAAGGCAGAGCUGGAGUCGGAGAUCGCUGAGCUCCAAAAGGAGAAGGAGCGUCUGGAGUUUGUGCUGGUGGCCCACAAACCGGGCUGCAAGAUCCCCUACGAAGAGGGGCCGGGGCCCGGCCCGAUGGCGGAGGUGAGAGAUUUGCCGGGGUCGGCAUCCACUAAGGAAGAUGGUUUCAGCUGGCUGCUGCCGCCCCCGCCACCACCGCCCCUGCCCUUCCAGACCAGCCAAGACGCAUCCCCCAACCUGACAGCUUCUCUCUUUACACACAGUGAAGUUCAAGUCCUCGGCGACCCCUUCCCCGUUGUUAACCCUUCGUACACUUCCUCGUUUGUCCUCACCUGCCCGGAGGUCUCCGCGUUCACCGGCGCCCAACGCCCCAGCGGCAGUGACCAGCCCACCGACCCCCUGAACUCGCCCUCCCUUCUUGCUCUGUGAACUCUUUAGACACAAAACAAACAAACACACGAGGGGGAGCGAUUUGGAAGAGGAGGAGGAAGAGAGAGAGAGGGGAAGAGACAAAGCGGGUGUGUGGCCUUCCUGCCUCUCCUGUCUGACUCUCUGCGAUCACUGUCAUCGGACAGGAGGACCUCCUUGUGUUUUGUGCCGCCUCUUGUUUCUGUGGCCCGGCGAGGCCAGGAAGCUGGUGACUUUGGGGGCAGGGGGCGGGGAGGGAAUGUACCCCGCCCCCAGCUGCCUGUUGGCCCUUUCACCUCAACCCAACCUCUGGGGAUGGGUGGGGGGUUGGGCGGCGCCUCGCUUUGGGCGGAGGGAAAGGGGUGCUGGUGGUGGGCUGCGGGGUGGGCUGAACUCUGCUCCAGAGAGGCCCGACAAGGAAAUGCCACAGACCACUGCCCCACCGCCUCCCACACCCAUCCUUCAGGGGGUGACCAGGCUGGUUCUCCCUGCUCCCCCGACCCUAGCUUAUUUAUCCAACAUUUCCACGUGGUUAGAUCCUCCUCGGAAUUGAGCCUCCCUUUAAGGGAAGUUGAUGCCCCUUAUGAUAAUCUCCUUCCCUCCCACCGACUUAGUCUGAAAUGUGAACCUCGCUCCCUGGCUGUCCAGCCUUCCCACUCCCGGCAAAAGUGGCUCUGAUCUGAAUUCUUGGCCUCCUAAGAAUCCCCCCCCCAAUUCCAAGUCGGCCCCCAGCCCUCCUUUUCUGAUGACAGUGUUACCCCAAGCCUCCCCAGCCUGGCUCAGCCUUCCCUCCCGGCCUUCCUUGCUGGGCCUCUCUGAUUUAGGCAGCAGGGGGCGCUGUGAUGCCCGUCCUGCUGGAGUGCUUUAUACUGUGAACCGAGUUGGCCGGAUUGGGGGUGGGGGUGGGGGGAGCCCGAUGAGACAGAACCCUUGGUGGGGAGCGGAUUGUGUCCCCCUCCCGCCUCAAAUCCUUUCCUUGGUCUCCCCUCGCCCCAGCUGCCUCCUUCCUCCCCUCAACAGUGAGUUAGACUCCAGGGGUGACAGGAUGGAGAGUGGGGGUGACAGUUUUCCAUCCGCGUGGCCUCUGUCCUCAGGACCCCCAGCCCCAAGCCCUGGCCUUUUUCUUUAAGGCCUGUCCCCUUACCCCGGCCUAGGACGCCAACUUCUCCCUCCCCGUGGCACCCCUACAUCCUUUCUAGAAAGGGAACAAUGAGAGGUUGCCAGGGGACCCCCAGUAUUUUUUCCGGAGAAGACUUCAAGGCCGAGGCUUUGGCCCCCCCAAGCCCCAGUAUUUUCGGACUGGCAAACUCGAAGGGGCUGCUCUCCUGCGGUCCCAGCUUCCCUGCCCCAGGCCCCCCACAAGUCCUGAUUCUGGGUUUGGGCUCCCCCGCCCCGCCUGUCCUUGUGCUUCACCUCUCGAGAACUCUCUCCUGAGGCGGAUUGAUAUUUUUUUAAGUUAGGGUGGGCCACGCCGCCUUCUGUGCUGCAUGGGAAACAUUCCACGUGCCCUGUCCCGUGCCCCCCACCCCGCCCCGUGGCUAUUUAUCCCUUUCCUGGUUUCCGAAAGGCACUUAUAUCUAUUAUGUAUAAAUAAAUAUAUUAUAUAUGGGUGUGAGCGUGCGUGCGCGUGAGUGUGUGAGCGCUUCUGCAACGUCGGCCUGCAUCACGUUGGCCCCCAAAGCAGCGCCCCGUUGACUCGGAAACACUGCUUCUGGAAACUUCGAGUCAGCCUGUUUCUGGCUCCCUUUCCUCUGGCUGUCUCUCGCUGUCUUUCCGGAUUGUCUUGGCCCCUCCGGUGGUUCGGGGCAGUCUCUGGCCGUCUUUUCUCUCCUUGUUUUCACCUGGUCGUUUUGGGUCUGUUUGCUGACUGUCCCCGGUCCUCCAGCUGUCUCCUGACUCUGGCUUUGUUGGGGACGUGAGAUUUUAUUUUCGUGAGUGAAGCCUGAGGAAUCAUAGACUUCUACAGUCUGUAUCUUUUAAGGAUUCUGGGUGUGAGUGUGAGACUUGGGGGAGGGGAGGGAGCUGCCCCUGCUGGACCACAACUUAUUGAAUCCCAACCCCUCGCCCCAUGCUGUAUUUGUGAUUCUCUUUUUGUAUUUUGCACCUGACCCUGGGGGGCUGGGGCUGGCUGGCACUGGGCCACUACCCUCCCGCCGUGGUUCUGCACUGUCGCCAAUAAAAAGCUCUUAAAUAUGA